AAACGCGGAGGAAGCGUGGCCCCGUGGGUUGGGCCGGCUGCACCGCGAGUGGUCGCCGCGUCUCCGACUCGACGCCCACGAGCCCGCGGAUCCUUCGCCCGCCACCGAUUCUGGGCCUCGGAGUAACUAAAGGCCGGAGUCGUUUCGGGGUCUUUUUUUAAACAUUUAUUUCUGCGGCCGAGCGAGGACUCUUUUAAGCGCAAUCGAACAAGAGGUCAUCCAAACGGGGAGAGAUCCGCGCCGGGGAUAGACGAGGACUUCCCUUGCAGCCGGGCUGGGCUGGAACAUCUGCACCCGGGCUGGGCUGGAACAUCUGCAGCCGGAACGUCGCGGGGUUGUUCCAAACAAGAAGCCGGUGGCGGCGGCGGAGGAGGAGGAGGGAGGAGGAGACGUCGGCGCGGCUCGUGAGGACACGGGGACCGGGAGAGGUGACACGUGGUAUACCCGUGACCCAGCGUGACGGAGUCGGCGUUGGUUCCUGGUGGAGAUGAGCGAGUUCUGGAUCUCGCUCGGAUGCUGCGUGGCCGAGCAGCCUCAGCCCACGCGAAGGAGGCGAAUCGACAGGAGCAUGAUAGGAGAACCGACCAACUUCGUGCACACGACGCACGUCGGCUCGGGGGAAAUGUUCAACGGAGGCAACAACACGAACCUGAUGCAGCACCAGAUGCAGUCCAAGGGGGGCUACGGGAGGAGCUUGCGGGAGUCAGGGGGGGGCGCCUCCCGACACCUGGUGGACACCACAGCCGGAUAGCACAUGAGCGGGUGUGGGGUGGGGGUGUGGGGGGGGUGUGGGAGAGGUGCCAAAACCAAGCAGGUCCGGAUCUUCGUGACUCCCGGGCUCGGUGUAAUGUCGCGACUCACGGGAGACGACUCUUGUUCAAGCAGCCGCCAUCGCUGACGCGAGGGGUGCGGGGAAAACUUUAGCAAUGUUCUCCCUUGUGGUGGGACGAGCCACAUGAUGCGUUAACACUUAGAUGAUGUUCCUGUUCCUUUCUCUCGGUCACUUGUAAAGUAUAAAGAGGGCUGUGUUUGAUAGGGGAGCUUUAGGAGGGGUGGGUUGUGGGGGGGGGUUAGGGAGACCGACACAGAAUACAACGUAAAGCUCUGUUUAUAGGCGGGAGAACGCUGCGGCUCCUGAAAAAGCCUGACUCAAAAAUCAAAACAUCAAAACAUUCCAAAUCGAGACCAAAUGGUGCCCUGGUGCCGCCUCCAAACCAUUGUUGUUGUGUUUUUUUUAUACAUGUAGAGUUAAACAUUUAGAUAUUUUAACGCCGCGAUAAAGUUUUGUCAGCUCGCUUAUCCACGUGCACAAUUUAGAGAGGCCCAGCUGGACUGGGGGUAGCCACUUUUGCUCCCUGGCGGAGAUUCAUCGCCCCUGAACCACACGGCAGGAUCGCACUUACACAGCUCGGCCGAGCUUCUCCAUGCACGGUUUUGUCGCAUCACAAUGGUGGCGUUAGUGACUGGGUAACUGGCUACGUUUUCUUCCACAGGUUUUUUUUUAUUGGACUGUUGUGCCACGGGUGUGGGUGUGGGCGGCUGCAUUUUUGCGUCGCUUGAUUUAGAGCUCGAAUUAAAUCAUCUCGGCCCACCGCAUGCCGUCGUUCCUCCGGUUGACUCGGCGGAGGUGGAGUUGCUGCUCACAGGUUUCACGGUGUCUGUCACUUUUUUUGUUUACGACCAUCUGGGUGGUGGAGGGCCGAGAAAUGUAGCUUGCACAAUAACAGUUUUGCAUCAAAAUGUUUUGCAAUUAUGGCACGGUAAGGGGGUGGGGGGGGGGGGUAUGUCAGGCGUCGGAUGAAUAAAUGUGCAUUGUCUUCCGCUCAAUGCACCGAAUGUUUUUAAGCAGACACCUGCUCUGUUCGACGGCAAUGGUUUAUAAAUUAUAAGUUACGUUAAUUAAAACGGGACCACUUAAAUUUAAAUCUGGGUUUUGCCGAAUAUUGUUUAUUGGAGCAUUCACUUCAUGAGGAUCGUGGCAGCGGCUGUCAAACUAUGUUCGCGAUGGGAAUGAUGUAGCGAUGGAUGCAUGUACAUUACGCAAUAAUGGUGGCCAUCACACGCUUGCUAACCCUACCGAUUAUUUAACCUGUUUUACUGCAUACUGUUUAUUAGAACGAAUCAUACUACAUAUUCUUUGGGUCUUUCGGUAAAGCCACGUAGAUAGAAGAAAAAAAAUAAUAAAUAUGACGUUUCGAUCGCAACACAAGCAAUCGUCAUCAGAUGAAAAAAUAUAGCGGGAGAGCUGCUGAGGCAGGAUGUUAUAUCGGUUUGAGAUGGGUGUAGCCCAAGGGUAAGUGGGCGGGGCUAGAGAUGGAAUUUGCGUGUAAAUGUAAGAUCGGAGAGCUGAUGUACUUCCACGACUACGAAGCUGUGGAGGUGGCCAUUGUAUUGUGAGAGAUUGUGUCAAUCUGUUAAUAUAAGAUUAGCAUGUCAGUGUAAGAAAACCGGGCGCCACCGAAGCUGUGGAGAUGGCCACAAACCUUGAGCAGCUCUCCCGCUAUAUUGUUUCACCUGAUGACGAUUGCUUGUGUUUCGUUCGAAACGUCGUGAUACUUUUUUUUAUAUCUACGUGGCUUUACCGAAAGACCCAAAGAAUAUGAAUUCCUGCAGUCACGAAAGCUUUAAGUCAAGAUUCAUACCACAGUAAACAUUUAGUGAUUCUGUGUUAGUGGUGGUGCACAAUACCACUGUGUAAACCUUUUGAGUGUAAGAGUUUUGACGCAGUUUCUGCUCUCAAAAAACUAUGCGAUUAAUGGGUUUGCAUAUUGGUGACUUAUUGCUCAUAUUUGUGGUGUUAGCAAGAAUGUGAUGGUUCUACAUUGAUGAUGAUGAACGUGGUAGUAAUGAUGGUGACCGUGGUGCUUACGCGUUGAUGAUACGUUGUGGCAAUUAAUUGAUGGUGGCCAUGUUAAUGAUGUGAGACUACGUUCCCAUUUCCUUUUGCACUGAUGUCGCCCUGGAAGCUGCGCUUGCGUAAGGCUCGUUAAAUUAAGGCCGUGCGCGAACGCACUCAUCAACGUUCAUUAAAUCUAUUAAACAACAAAUCCCGUCUGCUUGUGU